CCGGGCUGGCUGGCUGGCAGCCGACGCCGCAAGCUCGUGACUUUUCUGCAGGCCAGAGCCGGUAAUUACUCUUUUGUGAAGGAAAAAAACAAAAGGUUGCCUCUAUUCCCGGUAGGCUAGCCGAGAGUGACUGUCCAAUAUGUCCAAGCUGCAAUGACCCGCGUGCGUGGCAACUCGCCCGACCUCCGCCUGCUGCCCUCUAUAUGAGUCUUAUAUGGGCCCAUAUCCGGUUCCUACCCUGGGGCCUUGCUCUCAGCCGUCCCGCCUCCUCCGUCUGGACCCUCCUACCUCGAUCUUGCCGAGUCUUGGGUUCGUCUUGAACCAGAUCUAGGUGGCCUCGACCAAGAUCCAAGUGGCUUGCGUACAUGGGAACUCGGAUGGAUAUGUCUUGGGGGCCAUAGACAUCACCACUCCUUCCCACAUCCCUCCCCUCCUCCCGCACUACUCAUGCCAUAACUCGAAACCUGGCGGCUUCACUUCUAAAAAAAAAUGUUCUUGUCAUCCUUGUCCCUGGGCCUCGUCGUCUCCCACCUCCUGUCAAGCACAACAGCCUUUGGCGUGACCACGGACUCGCCAUGCGCAUCCGCCUGCCUCGACUCUGCAGAUGUCGACUUUGUGCGGACAGCGGCGUCGGCGAUCAACUCCUCGGACAUAGUGUGCAACGAUGUUGACUAUUUCUCCUCGGCCAACGGGCAAAAGUUCAAGAACUGCAUCACUUGCUUGCAGACCAGCGACACAUCCAGUGGCGACGAGAGCGAUGUCGCCUGGUUCCUCUACAACUUGCGCUUUGCCUCGGCCGUAUGUCUCUACGACUACCCGAGCCACAACACGACGACGACGACGCCGUGUGACCUCAACAGCGCCUGUGCCCCGCUGCAGGGCGCCCUUGAGUAUGGCAGCCUACGGCCGGAGAAUGCGACGGGAUACGGUUACUGCCAAGCCGACGGUGGUGUCCUCGAAGGGGCAAACCUCGACGACUGCGUGACCUGUCUCCAGUCAAGCUCUUCCACAUACCUCGCAAACUGUGAGCUUCUUUUUGUCGCCGUCUUACAUGCUGAACACCAGGCUGACCCUGCACCAGUUCUCCUCGCCCUUGAAGCCGGGUGCAGAGAACAGCCGCCGCCAGGGACGGCCCUGGGCAUAUCCGGCAACAUCUUCUCGGCUUUCCCCAUCAACUCCACCUCCUCGACUGCCGCGGGCUCCGACGGGGAAGACAAGCCGGUCAUCACCACCGGCGCUAUCGUCGGCAUCGCCCUGGGGGCCGCGGCGCUGUUCCUCGGCGCCAUCGCGCUGUUCGUGGUGUAUUGCCUGAAGCAGAAGAAGUACGAGCGCGAGGACAGGGCCCUGCCGCACCCGUACGGCCAGGCCCAGCACUUCUACUACAAGGACCCGGGCAGCGGGCCCGCGUCCAUCACCACCGACCACAGCUACGUGCUGCCGCAGUACACGGUCGACUACAAGCCUUCCGUGUCCGAGACCCCGGAGCCGCUCCCGUCCGACUACUCCAGCAACGCAGAGUACUACGACCGCCUCGAGGGCAAGACCAGGGGCAGGCCCCUGGUGACCAUCAGCCCGCCCGCGCAGCAGCCACAACCACAACCACAACCACAACCCGCCGCCAGCCACGAGCAGGUCGACACCAUCGGCCAGCUCCCCACCACCUCGCUGCCGACGCACCCGGCCUACAUCCCGCGCACCAGCAGCAGGAACAGCAACAGCCGGACCACGCCCCCGCCGGGCGCCAGGCCAAGCCGCAACCCGACCCCGGCCUCGGUGCGGUCGAGCACGCAGACUUCGUCCUCGCAACCGCCGCAUCACAACACCACCAACGGCAGCGGCGGCGCCAAGCCCGACUCGUACGCGAUCCAGGUCUACCUCAACGCAGCCGAGGACCCCAAGGUGCCCCAGCCGCCACCGCCCGUCGCGGCGCCGUCGUGGUCGUCGUCCUACCCCGUCCCUGGGCGCGCCACGCCGGCCUCCAACGCCGAGAUCGCGCGGAACAUCCAGGUUGAGCUGGCCGGCGCUCGCGCCACGCCUCCCGUCUCCGCGGCGUCCAUGCCGCAGGGUGGUGUUGGUGGCCGGGCGACGCCCGCGCCGUCGCUGCAGCACAUCUCGAGGACGACAUCGCCAGAUCACACCGCGGCUAGCCUUGGCGAUGGGUCCCCGCUCCCGCCGCCGCCGAGGAUCGGAUCGCUCAUCCUGCCAUCGGUGCCGCGCAUCCGCGUGCCGGGCAGCCGCAAGUUGCCACCGCGGCUCGAGGUGCCCGACGACGUGGGCACCGGCGCUGGCGCUGGCAUCUCGGGCCCGCUUGCAUUCCCAGGCAGUCGGUUUUCGACGCGUCCACCAGCGCCGGGGGCGGUCUUCGGCCCAGCGCGCGGCCAAGACCGCAUCAUCGAGCAAAUGGUUGACCGGGGAGGACGGUCGGUGGAGGUGCCAAUCGGUAGUGGGAAGAGUUACCUAUAUGGGUGAGAUCAGCUAGACUUUCUGACCUGUGCAGUGUUUCCUUUUUGUCUCGUCUUCUAUAUGGGGAGAUCUCUUAUUUCCUGCGGUGGGUUCGGCAAGGCGUUCUGGUAUUCGGUUCAUGGGAUAUUUUCGGCCAGGUCUUCUGUGACAAAGUCGGUCUUUUGCAUAGGAGCUUAGGAGCUUGAGAGCAUGGAAAAGUCGGGGACAUCCGCAACGUGCGCGCUGCACAGCUGUGAUGAGCUCCGGGGCAGGCAUUCUGUUUCAUCGGAAACCACGUGGUAAAGCAGUCCACAGUCAAAGGCUUGAUGCCAGAAAUACACAAAUAAUAUUUUCAAAGACCAUCAUCGGAAUGGCGCCGCUAAUGCUAAGUGUUUCGAUCAACCAAGGCGAUGGCCGGAGCCUCUCGUCUUCCAGGAGUCUGGCAGCGGGCCCCUUGCCUGCGCACCAGUGGUGGUGCCCGCCCUCGGGUCGUUGCGGAUGGCUGUGCCGUACUCACGCUGCAUGAAGCGAGGAGUGGUGACCAGGCGCGUGAAGAAGGCUGGGGUGGGAAUCAGGUUUGCGCCGCCGCCGAACUCGGGCCACAACCUGGUGAGGAAGUCGUGCAGGUGAGCGGCGACGAGUCCGGUCAGCUGCAGGAGCAUGACGUGGGGGCCUGCCAUGAGCAGGCUGGCGCCCAUCAUGCAGAGAGGGACGAGCUGGGCUGGAACGGUGAAGAAGAAGAAGCCAGCCUUCUGGCCUCUCUGGUCCUGGGUGGCGGUGUAGCACAUGGCCAGGAUCAAAGCCUGCAGGAAGUAGACGCCUCCGAGGAAGUAUUGAGCAAGCACCUUUUGACACUGUUAGCCAUGAACACAAACCGCAUUCUGAUGAACGGUGCAACAGGACAGCAGCUGGUGGUAGUGUUGGAGUAAUGUAGGGCGCUCAAAACCACCCGGGUCCACGGAGAUCAAGACCCGAGUCAUCCAUAAAGACAUCCCACCAUGCCCACACCGCGGACCGGCCCUUAACUAGGUAUUGCGAAUGAUGGACCGGCCGAAGUGCAGGGGUAAUCUUCCUCCUUUCCAGGAACCGUGAUAGCAGUAGAGGCACUUCACUAUCCGGGCAGAUAUAAGAGGUGUGCAGUGGGGGUACGGGAAGCGCAGUGGGGAAACAGAACCGGCUUACAAUGAUGACUGCGCCGCAGAA